AUGGCUCGCAGCGCCGCCGUGCUCGCGCUGCUCGCCACGGCAGCAACCGUCGACGGCCUCUUCGGCUUCGGCGAAAAAAAAACCGAGCGGCGCUCGUCCUUCGCGCACCUCAGCGACGCGCAGCUCGACGAGCGCAUCUCCAAGCUCGAGAUGUCCAUGCGGCCGACGAACGCGAGCGCCUGGGAGCCGCGGCGCCUGCGCCUGCUCGCGGACCUCAAGGAGGAGGUCGCGAGCCGCGAGCCGCGCGGCGGCGGCGGCGGCGGCGGCGGCGGCGGCGGCGGCGGCGUCGCGAUCUGGUCGCUCGGCCGGUGCGCGACGGGCACGUUCGCCGACUCCGUCAAGGAGUCGGCGGGUCUGGUCUACUGCAACAACCGCAAGGAGGGCUUCGGCUUCGUGGGCCUGUCGCCGGACCAGCUCGAGCGGUGCCUCGCGCGCGCGGCGCGGCGCCGCACGGCCGCGCUGACGCACGUGAAGCCGCAGCACCUGGUGAUCCCGCAGUCGCGGCUCCGGACGCCCGAGGCCUUCGCGCGGGCGCUCAAGGCCGCGGGCUUCCACGGCGUCGUGACGAUCCGAAGACAGAACCACCUCGCGCGGCUCGUGUCGAGCUUCGAGAACCGCGUCGCCGAGUGGGGCUUGCGCGACGAGCCGCGGAACCACUCGAAAGUCGAGCGGCGCGCGCUCAAGUUCUUCGCGGCGCCGUUGCGCACGAUGGAGUGGGAGGCGGCGAUCCUCGAGCGGGGCCACGCGGAGAUGGCGCGGCUGGGCAUGGCGGCCGUGGAGUUGGAUUUCGUCGACGUCGUCGCGCACGUGUGCGCCGCCGUCGCGGCGGCGCUCGUCGCGCUCGUGCCCGGCGCGACGUCGACCUGCGUCGAGCAGGUCUCCCACAUGGCCGCGUCGAAGCGCCACGAGGGCCUCGCGGGCCGCGUCGGGCCCUCCGCGGCGCGGCUCGUCGAGGACGCGCUCGCGGGGACGCCCUACGCGUGGAUGCUCGACCUCAAGGCGACGGCCUGGCCCGACGGCGCCCUCCGGCCCGAGCCCGUCGCCCACCCGGACGGGCCGCGGCCGCGCGCACUCCGCGGCGACGUCGUGUAA